AUGUCAAAUACAGAAACUCGUUUCCUCAAAUUCACUGAAGCCGCGGCAGCUGAAGCUAGGGUAAAUCGUUGAACUUCCUUUUUGUGAUUUAGAUUAGACGGUAAAGAAAAAGUAUAAGAGAAUUACGUUUUUUAGAUCAGGUUACAAAUAUAUUAACAAGGAAUUUCUCCGAUGUGGAACGCUUAAAACCAGAUGAGAUUUUUAUGAUUUCUUUGUAGUACCAGUAGUACAUGUAAAAAUAUUAGCUUGUGGCUUUGCUUUGAAAAUUAAUUGUGCCUUUCCUCAACUUUUUUAGGACGCCCAAAUAAAUGCGAGAACAUUGAAGUCUAAAAAGAAGAAGACACCAAAACCCAGUAUACACGAUAUAGAAACGGCAACAUCUAGUCGUUCUACAACGCCUUCCAAAGAGAGCAGCAAAAACCGCCCAGAUCUUACAUUACAAAACCAAACUUCUGAAUCACGCGGUGAGGCUUGUAGUAGCGAUUACUGGGAUUCUAAUGAGGUUGAAACUACUUUUUUCGAAAAACCGCCAAAAAGUAUCGUGAAGCUGUUAGUACAAGACGCGAGAAAAGUAAAACAAGGCUUUUUGAUUCGAAAACAUAUCUCCUACUCUGUGGAUGAUAUUGUCAAACAUGUAAGCGGUUUUUGUAAUCUUUUUCAUAACGUUAUCUAAGUCUUAAAAACUAUUUUAAAAAAUUGGUGUCAAUUUUUAUAGAUUUGUAAAUUUCCACUUUUAAUCGCUUUUGUUUAGUACAUAGAAUUCAUGGAGAAAGAGCACGAAGACAAUACCGUUUUUAUGAUUGAAUACGGUCAGUUGCAAACCCUGCAACAUACUACUGUAGAAAUGCAAAAACAAAUAGCAUACUUCAUUUGCGAUUUGUUCAACUGCACGUUACGACAACAACUAUUGUAUGACAAGGAAAAAGCAGUUUUUCAAAAAUAUUUGUUUGGCAAAAACUCAAAAAUGGUAGGAUUUUUCCAAAUUUUAGAUAAAAAAAAUUUUUAGAUACCAAGCUCUACAUUCGGCAUCACACAUUUGGUUCGGUUGCUGACAAAGUUUACGAAACUUUUGGCCGAGAUUGAAAUUCCGACCAAUUCUGUAAGCCUUGCAAUGGCUUGUGCUCAAGACUUUUUUGUUUACGUCGCUAAAAAUGUUGACGUAUUUUACGAUGCAACUGAAGAUUAUAUUAUUGCUCAAGAUUACGGUAAACUCGAUUUGAAUAAUUUAAAGAUAAGCUAA